GGGAGGCAGCCGGGCGCCCCGCGGACCAUUCGCGAGCGGCGGCGGCGGCAGCGGCGGCAGCAGCGCGGGGCUCGGCGCGGUGCCCCCGCGGGCAGGGCUGGCAGCGGCGGCCGCCCCCUCCCCGGCGAUGAAGGCGAGCCCCGUGGCGAGCGCCGCGGCGGCGGCGGGGCCGGGGCAGGCGGCGGGGGGAGCCGCGGGGGCGCCGCGGGAGCCCGAUGCGCGCUGGAGGGAGAAGGGCGAAGCGGAGGCGGAGCGGCAGCGCACCCGGGAGCGGCUGGAAGCCACGCUAGCCGGGCUGGGCGAGCUGGAGUACCUGCGGCAGCGGCAGGAGCUGCUGGUGAAGAGCCUCCUGCUGCGGCGGCCGGCGGGAGCGGGGCCCGGGGCGCAGGGCGGCCGCGGGGAGCCGCCGGGAGAGGGGCCGCCGCCGCGCAGCCUGGAGGAGAAGUUCCUGGAGGAGAACAUCCUCCUCCUGCGGAGGCAGCUGAACUGCUUGAGGAGGAGGGAUGCUGGGUUAUUAAAUCAGUUGCAAGAGCUGGAUAAGCAAAUAAGUGAUCUCCGCCUGGACGUGGAAAAAACGACAGAUGAGCACCUGGAGACAGACAGUCGUCCAAGUUCAGGGUUUUAUGAGCUGAGUGAUGGAGCUUCUGGAUCGCUUUCCAAUUCAUCUAACUCUGUCUUCAGUGAGUGUUUAUCCAGUUGCCAUUCUAGCACUUGCUUUUGCAGCCCUUUGGAGGCAACACUGAAUAUCUCAGAUGGACGCCCUAAAUCUGCAGAUCUCAUAGGCUGGAUGGACUAUAAUAAGGAAGGCCAGCAUGAGGACCAGACCGCAGGCUCUGUCUGUCGCUCUUUAUCCACACCGCACUCAAAUUCCCUCGAUGUCGUUGCAGAUGUACAUCCCAAGUACCAGUGCGAUCUGGUGUCUAAAAACGGGAACGACAUCUACCGCUACCCCAGCCCGCUCCACGCUGUGGCUGUGCAGAGCCCCAUGUUCCUUCUCCCCGUGACUGAGAACCCCCAGCGAGAAGAGGAGAGGCUCGCUGGCGAUAUGAGCGACGUUUGCACUCCAUCCGAAACGGACUCGGGACAAUCCGCCAACGCCUUCCCCCCGCAGAGCUCCUGGCCGGCUCCGUGCCCUUCCACCAGCAAGAGGAUAGACAGCUACAUCUUAAGCCUGGUUCAGAAAAAGACUCACGCAGUAAGGACUAACAAACCCCGGACGAGUCUCAACGCCGAUGCCACCAAAGGGAUCUUGAGGCACGGGAGCAUGUGCGUCCGGCCGCCGGCAGCAAUGGUGGCCCACGGCAACGUGGUGAACCUGAAGGGCUCCAAGCCGGUGUGUUUGCCUCCCGGUGGGACCCCCGCUCCGGACCACACGGCUCCCUCCCCGUUAAAGCAGAGGCCAAGGGACCAGGCUGGGGAGCAGCUGGAGAGUAGGAAGGCCCCAUUGCCAGCAGCUUUCCCACCCGGCACAGCAGCGGAACUCCAGAGCAAGCACUUGCCACGGGGCGUCAAACCGGCACCACUGGAGCUGGGCCGCAGCACCGCGGCCACGGCCGGGGAUGUCCCCAAGGAGAACGGCCAGCUCUUUGCUGCGUCUCCCAAAGAGACCCCAGGGAAGCCGGUGGUGCUGCAGCCAGAGAACAGGGUCAGCCAGCCUCCCAAAAAGAUCCUGUUGAAGAGCAGCUUGCAGGCGGCUCGCUCCUCAUCACCGGCCGUCGAGGAGAGGCCCACGCUGGAUUUCAAAAGCGAGGGCUCUUCCUCACAGAGCCUGGACGACGGGCUGCUGGUGAACGCCCAGUACAUCCCGGCCCAGCAGCAGAGCAUGAAGCUUCACAAAGGCACCCGGAACGUCAAGAUUUUGAAAAGCUCUGCGUUGAAACACAGGUCCCACCUUGCCAGCGGGGUGGAAAACAGCUCACAGACCUUGCGGGAGAAAGCCAAACUGGCCGGCAAGAAGUGCCGCUUUCCUGAGGAGUUGGAUACAAAUAAGAAACUGAAAAAGCCCUCGUCACGGGGGAAGAGAGGCAGCGGCUUGCCGCUGGAGCCGAGCCUCCCGGGCCGGCAGGCCGGCCUGCACAGAUCCGCCCUCCGCUCCCAUGGGCACGGCCGGGAGGUUGUGGUGGCCAAGCCCAAACACAAGCGCGCCGAUUACCGCCGCUGGAAGUCCUCGGCGGAGAUCUCCUACGAGGAGGCCCUGCGGAGGGCAAGGAGGAACCGGCGGGAGGGCGUGGGGGUCUACUCACAGGUGCCCCUGCCCUAUGUCAGCCCCUACGCCUACGUGGCCAGCGACUCGGAGUACUCGGCUGAGUGCGAGUCCUUGUUCCACUCCACCGUGGUGGACACGAGCGAGGACGAGCAGAGCAACUACACCACGAACUGCUUUGGAGACAGCGAGUCAAGCCUGAGCGAGGUGGAGUUUGUAGGGGAGAGCACGACCACCAGCGACUCUGAUGAGAGCGGGGGCCUGAUUUGGUCUCAGUUUGUCCAGACACUCCCCAUCCAAACAGUCACGGCGCCAGAGCUGCAUGAAAAUGCGGCCAAGGCCUUUGUCAAAAUCAAAGCCUCCCAUAACCUCAAGAAGAAGAUCCUCCGCUUUCGGUCAGGCUCCCUGAAGCUCAUGACGACCGUGUAGUGAGGUGACUUGGUGGAAUGUAUCUGCUUCUGCUUUCGGAAGCAAGGUGCUUUUUUUUGUACAUAUUUCCACAGAUUUUUUUUUUUUUUAAUACAAAUAUUUAAAACUUAAGGUAAAUUAUGUCACUUGUCUUCAGAACUUGGGUGGAUACUAGUGCCUUUUAUGUGGAAAUAAAAGACCAUUACACUUGUUUAAAAAAACCCAACACAACACUGCCAUUUCAGUGGUGAACAGCCUCCAGCUCGUGAUGUCAGAAGGCUUUGAGAAAAGGCUAAAAUGUUUCUGGGAAUGGAUCUUCCUUGCCUAGUUUUUCCAGUUCUGGGUCUUAUACAGGAUAUCAACAGCUUAAGGUCAUAAGUUUUUAGGGAAUAAAGGGGAGGGAGUGAGGGUGGUUCUUCAUGUUUUUGCUUGUCCCUUUCUGCUGCUGCUCUUACUACAUCUUGAACUUUUUCCUUCUGGUACUCUGGUCUGGUUUUUGUUUUUUUUUUCUUGUUGAUUCUCUUCUUGAAACUCACUCCUGUCCUCCCCCAGCCUUCCCCCACCAGGAAAGGGUUCCUGUUCAAUCUGUCUCCGAGGUUAAGUCGCCUUCCCUGGAGUGCACUUUGCUCCGAUCUCCUGGGAGUCCCGCUGUGGAUGGCGGUGGUGUCCAGAGUAAACUGCAGCUGGAGCAGAUGACCAAGGCUUAGUAACUUCAUUAUAUUGUGUAAAACUGCUUUUAAAAAAGAAAAAAAAAAAAACCAUAUGCAUGUCACGUGCAUGAGUAUCAGUAGUUUUAAUAUUCCUGUUGAUGUCCAAUUUACUGUACAUCAUCAAUGGCUGUUUUUAUAUAUAUAUAUAUCAUUGUGUAAAUUAAUAUAAUACAUCAUAUGCUGUAAUAAACAGUCUGUUUUAAUACUUUUUAAAGUUUGUUA